CCGCGAGAAUGAGUGAGAAUUUGGCCGCAGAGUGGAGUUUAAGUUCCUUACACGUGGCCCUCUCAAUGGUGUUCUUUGACCCUCUAGAAUUGUUUUGUCUCGUCAGAUGUCUUUACCACUAACUUCUGCGACCAUAACCCCAAAGGCGAAACACACCGCCACGGUCAUAUUUGCUCAUGGACUAGGAGAUAGUGGCCUGGAGUUCUCAAACAACCAGGAGAUGCGCACGAUUGCAUCUAAGCUUCCACACAUCAAGUGGGUGUUCCCUAAUGCGCCUGAGCGCUCCAUCACCGCAUGGAAAGGAGACACGAGGAGGCGAAGUUCAACUAGGGGCUGGCUUGACGUCUUAUGCGAGCCUUUGACAUAUUCAUCGGAACACGAUGACAUUCAGGAGUACGAUGAGGGAAUUAUGCAAAGUGUCAAGCAUUUAGAUGCCUUUAUCCAGUCUGAGAUCGAUUCAGGAAUUUCAGAAGGACGUAUCGUGCUUGGGGGAUUUGGUCAAGGGGGCGCUAUAUCCCUGAUCGCAGGUUUGGGUGGCAGUCAGUGGAGGGGUGCAUCCGACACGAAAGAUGGUUGGAAGUUGGGGGGAAUCAUAAGUCUGGGUGGUUGGCUUCCCAUGCGAGACAAAUACAAAAAGCGGUUGUCCAUGCACGCAUCUAUGAUACCCGUGUUUUGGGGUCAUGGAGUGCAGAAUGAAUCUGUGACCUGGGAUCUGAGCUGGGAGUCAGCUGAGUUCAUACGAGACAGACUCGAAGUCAGAUAUGGACAGUAUACGAAGAUGGGAGAGCCAGGCGUGAGCUUCAUGUCGUACGGCGUAGCGCAAUGGAUGGCUGAAUCUGAGAUGGAGGACCUGAGGUUGUUCUUGAAGAAGGUUCUUCCUUAGGGGCGCGUCAAUCAAUCUGAUACGUCACGGUGUACUGAGACUUUUUUUUCGCACCGUGUUAGAGUGAAAAUAAAAUUUUUAUCGACUUGAGUACGGUCACUCCACUUUGC